CUGGAAAAUGGCUGAGAACACUGUGGCUGUCUUUGGGAUUCCGUGGUCUUUUGACAACGAUGCCUUGUACGAGUUCUUUAAGGGUUGUGGAGCGAUUUCCGACUGCUACGUGAUCCGAAACAAGAAAACCAAUCUUUCUCGUGGAUUUGGUUUUGUGCAUUUUGAGGACAAGGCUGGCAUGGACGCAUGCCUUGCAAUGGAUGGAACCGAAUGUGAAGGCCGUACCCUGAAGAUCACCAUUUCGGACAAGGAAAGAGCGCCUACUCCCAGAUCGGAGUACAACGACAAGAACAAGGUGAUUGUGAACUGUUUGAGCUGGAACACGACUUCGGAGAGUUUAGCUGAGUACCUGUCGCAGUACGGUGAGUUGGAAGACUGCAAGGUGCUCUACGACAACAAAACCCAGCAUAGUCGUGGUUUGGCUGUCGCUCGCUUCAAGAACGAGGCGGACAUGCUUCGUGCCAUUGAUGCUGUGAACGAGAAGGACUUUGAGGGUCGUGUGAUCACGAUUCACCAGUUCCUUCCUCGCGACAAGCCGGGAAAGCGCAAGUUUGAUAAGAACACGAAGUCGUACAAGUAUGCUGAAAGCAAGGAAGCGGCUCCUGAAACGAGUGAAAAUAAGGAAGAGGAGAAGGUGGAGGCGGAGGUUGAGGAGAAGGUGGUGGAAGAAGAGAAGGAGGAGGAGGCUGAGGAGAAGGCUGAGGUUGAGGAGAAGGAAGAGAAGAAGGAAGAGAAGAAGGACAAAAAGAAGGAAAAGAAGGAAAAGAAAGAGAAGAAGGAAAAGAAGGAAAAGAAAGAGAAGAAGGAGAAGAAGGAAAAGAAAGAUAAAAAGGAAAAGAAAGAAAAGAAGGAAAAGAGCAAAGAGAAGAAGGACAAGAAAGAUAAGAAGGACAAGAAGAACAAGAAAGAGAAAAAGGAAAAGAAGAAUAAGGAAUAAGUCGCCCUCUCGUAGUUUAGCAAUCUUCUUGACGUCGACUUCAA